AUGGCUCCGAAAGUAUCAAACGAUACAGUACUUUGGUUCAUGAAUGAUCUGACAUCUAGGUUAGUGGCUGAGUCAGGCAUACCAAGUGAUAGAUUCCACCUUGGCAAGAUGAUUUUGAGGAGUUUACAAGAUUAUCCGGAUGCAAUAAUGCAUAUAGACGGUGCAACGGGUGAAAUUGAAACCAAUAGGUCUGCACUACAACGGAUAGUCCGAUGCGCAGUUGCCCUAAGGAAUUAUGGUUUGCAAGUUGGCGACGUGAUCGUUCUGAUGGCUCCAAACCAUCUAGACUUGGCUAUUCCAUUUUACGCGGCGCUCUUCGUUGGAGUUAUCGUAUCGGCUGUUGACAGAACUUUGGCAACCAAAGAAUUGAUAUCUACAUUCCAAGUUUCCGAACCGAAGAUUGUAUUUUGCCAAAGUGAAAAAGCUCCGGACGUGCAGAUCGCUCUUAACUCCAUAGACCAGAACACCAAAAUUGUUACGUUUGAUAGUGGAGAUUAUUUAGAUAAUUUUCAAGAGUUUCUAGCUAAACAUGGAGACGAAACAUCAGUCGAGAGCUUUAGUGCCACAAACUUUGACGCUGAAAAUACUGGUGCGUUGCUAAUAGCAACCAGCGGCACAACUGGCACACCUAAAGCAGCUCUGACUACCCACAAAAAUUUCGCCAUAAGCCUGCCAUAUACCUGGUCUAGAUACACGAAUUUUCCGAGCCCAACUCGUAUGGCUUUAAUAGGAUCUCCACUGCAAUGGUUGUCAGCGAUCAUUCACUUCCUGGCUUCUCCAGUAUUGCAAAUUAUUCGUCUACAAUCGUCUUUGCCUCUUACACAAGCGCAUGCGUACUAUCUCAUUAAUACUUAUAAGCCAUCCUACACGGCUAUGAGCCCGACAUUCAUGACCACUUUGAUGCGCCCUGAAGAUCGGAAUCAAUGUGACUUCUCUUGUUUUGAUUUAAUCCGUUUGGGUGGUAGUGCCGUUCCAGUCGAACUUAUUGAUGAAAUCAAGAAAGUCAUACCGACCUCUGACGUAGUCAACGUCUAUGGUAUGAGUGAGCUGACCUGUGUGGCCUUUCACAGCGAUUAUUCUGCGCCUGGCUCAGUAGGGAAACCGAUGGGAUGCUUUCGAUAUCGGAUUAUAGAUGUUGAUACUCAAUUGGACAUUAACGAACCGAAUACACCUGGAGAACUUUGGAUCAAAGGUCCGAGUAUUUUUAAGGAAUACUACAAAAACCCAGAUGCGACAGAGGAAACAUUUCACGAGGAUGGAUGGUUCAAAACUGGUGACAUGUUCUAUAGAGAUGAAAACUUCAACUUCUUCUUUUGUGAUAGAAUAAAGCUAUUGCUGAAGUACAACAGUUAUCAGAUAUCUCCAGUAGAAGUGGAAAACGUGAUACGCAAACACCCUGGCGUAUUAGAUGUAGCAGUAACAGGAAUACUAGAUGCAGAAAGUGGAGAUCUCCCAGUAGCUUGUGUUGUUCGACGAAAUGGGUACAAUGUGACGUCAAGGGAGAUAAAGGAACUAGUUAAAGAAACUCUGUCGGAUUCAAAACAGCUUAGAGGUGGUGUUGUCUUCCUAGAUGAAAUACCAAUGACGGCAUCCACGAAGGUGCAUAGGCAGAAACUAAAGGCAAUGGUUUUAACUUUGAAUUUGGAGUGA